AUGGUGAAUUUUUUCAGCGAUAUUCCGGAAAAUAUUUUCGAGUGGAUUGGAAAGCAACACUGUUUUUGGGUUGCAACGGCUCCCUUGAGCCCAGCCGGACAUGUUAAUGUAUCGCCGAAAGGCAUAGCCGGGACGUUCAAAGUCCUCGACAAAAAUACGGUCAUGUACCAGGAUUUGUCCGGUUCUGGGGUUGAGACAAUAGCCCAUAUACGGGAGAAUGGUCGAAUUACCAUCAUGUUCCAAGUGAGAGAGAUACUUGAAGGUACCUGGCACGAAGUCGGCACUCCAGAAUUCAAAAAGUUAAUUCCUGACGAGGAAAGGAUCCCAGGGAGCAGGGCGGCGAUCUACGUCAAACUUCAUUCAGUUUCUACUUCCUGCGGUUACGCCGUGCCGAUCUAUGAGUUCUCUCAUCAUCGUAACCAACUUAUCUCUCUGUUGGCCAACAAGGAAAAGUUCGAUGAUGACACGGAACAAAAAAACCUGGAUUGCAAGUCUCACAAGGGUAUGUUCAACUACUGGGCGCAGAAAAAUGCAGCUUCCAUCGACGGCCUACUUGGGAUGGACAUCGGGCUUGAGAUUGCGAAACAUCAAAAGGUGGACAUCUAUGCCUACAAACCCUUUGUACACGAGGAAAAGCGGAGAGCGUUUGCGGUGGAAUUAAAGGAUCCAACUGCCCCAUUGUGUAGGGUCCGCCGUGUGGAUUCUAGCUAUGUCAUGAUUGGCGUCGGCUUCGUGGCUGGCCUGCUUGUCAUGGCCGCAUUUAAUCAUUUUUCGAUGCAUUUUUUGUCCUCGUUCCCUCUCUGAUGCCAUAUGUUGACCUACCUGUUCCUGUACGAUAUUUCAUGCUCUCUUGCACAACUGUACCUUUCUUGAAUGCUGCCGUACAAGUAUGAUAAUGACUCUGGCUGGCGUGG